ACCGUCAUCUUCAUCAGACUUACCUCGCAGGCUUAAAUGAGCCAUUUUCUCGAUCACGUUCUGCUCUGUGGCUUCGUAUAUACACAUGAGCGGCGAGACAUGCCAAUAACGGUAGAACGCACAGUUUUGUAGGCUCACUUACAUACACCCGGGGUGCUGAUUGUUUUAUGGACACACGUUGUAGUGCCUUGAGGUGAAAAAAAAACAAUAAACAGCACUAAUCGUUUCCAAUCCGUUGUGACAGAAAGGGGUGACAGGAGUGUGUGUGUGUGUGUGUGUGUGUGUGUGUGUGUGGAGUGAAACAAAAAAAAAGAAACAAUCAACUGUUCAGUCAUGGUGUCGACUACUAUAGCCGGUCCACUACUAGCAAUCUACUCUCCUCGGACGUCGCUUUUAGGACACCACUUGCAACCAAGUGAUAGAUUGCCGGUGGCAAUUGGAUUGGUGUGUCAGCGUUAACAUUUCUUAUUACUACCAUCUAAUCGCCACAUUUGCUUUGAUCGUUCUUUCUAAACAACUGAACAUGGUGCCACACGCUCAAACCGAUCCGACACCGUGAAAGUGUGUGCGUUUCUGUUGCUGCAAAAAUGUUUGCCUUUCCGGUCAACUUUGCUGCUAGCGUUAAGCGGCGAUCAGCCAAAAGCAGCAGCACAUCGAUCGGUAAUGGAAUGUCAACGAAGUCGACGGCUAGACCGUCGGCAGCUUUAUGCGAGGGAAGAAAAAUGCACACGAUCGCAUAGAUCGGUGGAAGCGGGAAGGGAACUCAAGCUCCUUUGUACGUGUUGUAGAUCGGUAACCGCGACGUGCUGGACGACGUCCGAUAGUCUAUUUAACUUUGCGUCCACGCGCACGAACUGUUCAGUGUUUAGUAACGCUUCCUUCCAGCUAGAACACGAUUCGGUUGGUUAUUCGUCUUGUGAACGCGUGCGGUACUAGACGUUACAAUCGCGCAACGACGCUUAAACCUACGGUACAUACAGUGAGAAACGGGUUGUGCAGAACCAGUGUGAAUGCAGGUGGAUUGUGCUAAAGAGAAGCGUUACCAAAUUCGCGAUCAUUCACGAAAAUAAGUUGCUCAGGUAGCUCGUGUAGUACGUAGUUGCGAAAUACGGGUGCUGCGACGGUGCGUGCGAUUCGCGUGCCAAUGUAACACUCUGCUCAAAACAAGCCUAGUGUGUUCGGGUGUUCGUGUACUAGCGUAGAAUGAAGCGACACUAUUACGUGCAGAAAAUGAAUAGCCAAGAAAAGUUGGGUGGUGAAUCAGACGGUAUGGACACGGCCGGUAUCUAUACGAUCACGGUGCCUCGCGUUGAGGUGGCUUUCCCGGGCGGUACGGCACCCAUCAUCGGGACGGGUGUGCAAAGUCCUACCUUUGCUUCGAUUGUACAGCGACCACCGAAGACUAGCGUUGACUUCGGGACGGUCAAUAUUUACCAGCAGCAGAAUAAUGGAGUCAAGAUAGGCCGCAGUGGUACCGUUCCCGACGGUAAGAUGCUCGACAGUCCGUCCUUCGAUGAUAAGAGCGAUAAUAGCAGCAAUCUGAGUGUGACCGCCAACGACGAGGACAGUGAUAUAAUAUCUGAGUAUAUCGGUCACUACGGUCGGUGGCAGUUCGGGUGGACGUUCUUACUGUGUCUGUUCCAGAUUCCGACCACGUUUCACAUCUUCUGUCUGGUGUUUCAGGCGGCUACCCGAGACUUUUGGUGUGCACGACCGGAACAUUUGAGAUCCGUCCCGCUGGAGUUGUGGCGAAACCUGACGCAAACGACAACCGCCAGCGAGUGCAGCGUUCGUGCGGCACCGUACGAACAUCUGACGGUGGACAGCAUCCUCGACUACUUCCAAGGCGCAUCGAAUGCAACUGAUAGUGAGCGUAUUGCCUGCAGUGCGUACGAGUAUGACGAUACGAUCUACGGCCAAACGAUCAUAGCCGAGUUUGGGCUCGUCUGCGAUCGGGGUCACCUGAUGAGCAUCGUGGAGAUGUGCUUUCUGGCUGGAGCUGCCCUUGGGAGUGUUGGAAGUGGAUGGAUCUCGGACCAGUUUGGCCGAAGGCACACGCUGAUGGGUUUCGCACUGAUACAGGGCCUUACAGGUAUCGCACUCGGAUUCGUGACGUCGCUCGAGCUGUACAUGGGACUGCGGGUAGUGAUCGGUUUCGCCUCGAUGUCGGUCGCCGUCGUCAGCUUCGUGCUGGUGGUGGAGCUAGUAAGCGGCCGGUACCGCACGAUCAUUGGCAUCCUCAACAUACUUCCGGUGGCCUUGGCCUACAUCCUGGCGGCGGGUAUCGCUUAUGUGGCGCGUGACUGGCGCACGAUGCAGUUCGCUAUCACCGUGCCCGGUCUGCUGCUCGUCACCAGCUGGUACUGGUGCCCGGAAUCACCCCGCUGGCUGUUAGCCAAGGGACGGAUCGAUGAACUCUGUCAGCUGUUGGAGCGAGCCGCUUCCACAAACAAUCUACAGCUGCCGGCAAACUACCGAAAAGCAUUGCUAGUGGAAUCAGGCACGGAAUCGGACGGCGAACCGGAAGCAGCUGUCUCGGUGGGUGAUGUAUUUCGCCGGAAGUUCAUACGUACCACGCUCGUCAUGAUCGUCGUGUGGUUUGGCAUCAUACUGAUCUACUUUGGUAUUACGCUGCAUCUGAGCAAUCUUGGAGGCGAUAUCUAUCUCAACACGGUCAUUGCCGGUUCGGUCGAAUCGAUUGCCAUCUGUGUCAGUAUCGUGGUCGUGCUGAAGCUCGGCUUACGGAUUAAUUUAUUCCUCUACAUGGUCGUCGCUGGAUUGUCCUGCAUCGUGAUGAACUUCGUGCCGGAUGGUAACCUCUGGCUAAUAAUUACGCUGGCGAUGAUCGUCAAGUGCUGUGUUGGAGCGUGUAAUGCCAUCAUACCGACGUUUACCGCGUACCAGUAUCCGACCACGAUGCGCAACCUUGGUGUUGGGGUGGGAAAUUUUGCUGCCGGCGUAGCGCUUAUCAUUGUACCGUACCUGUGGCUGCUGGAACAUGUUGAUCAGUACCUGCCGAUGACGAUCAUGGGUGUGUUCAGUAUUAUUGGUGCCCUUUCGUUAGCUAUCCUGAAGGAUAAACUAAGCCAAAAGUAUCGUCAACGAAAGCAGGCGAAACAAGCAUCCGUUUAUCAAAACGCAGCCACCUUCGCUAACGGAAAGCAGCAUGCUACGAUGGAUAAUGACAAUUCAAAAAGGCGCGUUGGAUCUCAGUUUGCGUACGAUGCUGAAGAGCCGGCCGGUAUCAGCAACAUAGGAUUUGCGCAAAACGAAAGCAUAUUUCUGUGAAGGUUUUGCAGCAGUAAACUGUCUUCGCUCGCUCUCUUUGCGGUUGCACAACUAUAGUUAAUAGUGGAAGGUAAUGAAUAUAGGAUGCGGUUUUGGUUAGAAUAAGAAUAUUUUCUAAUGCAGCUAGACAAUAGAUUCUUCCGGCUAGCGGCAAAUAGGAAACACGCGUAUACUAUUUGAACACAGAAUUUAAAGCUAGUAUUUAAAUGCAUCAACUGUGGCAUUAGGGUUAAAACGCUUGGUUAUUAACCGUUAGCUAAGGUUAAUUUGCACAAGUGCUCGCAUUCAGCAUUAAUUCAUGACAGUAUUUCGAACGGGUCAGGAUACUGGUGUACAAAUAAAGUUAAUAGCAGAUGAAAUGGUAUUAUUCCGACGUAGCAGGAAGGAUAAGGUAAGCACCGGCGGCGUACCGGUGGUCUGAAAUAGAAACAUACGCAGGAUCGCAGCUCCAAUGAACGAGAACGAUUAAAACAAAAUGUGAUAAUAAAGGCUACAACCACUUGCAAUUACAUUCAUGCAAUAAAAUACGUUUCUAAAUGAUUAAUGAGGCAAUUUCAUGAGAACAGUGUAUUGAUGAUUUUUGUAAGAUAUGUGGUAUGUAGGGACAUCUAUGCAGCAAGUAUUAAGUAUUGGUAGUGUAGUGAAAAUAGAUUACAAAAAUAUAAAAAUAAUUUCGUUUACACGUCAGGGUAGUCGAAAUAAGUACGAGCAAAUGAUACGAUAAAUCAUUCAGCACAGCAAUCAGUAAUAAAGUUGAUUAUUGACAUUACA